AUGUCGCAGCCUCUGCGCUCGUAUUCCGACUCGCCCUCUUCUUCCUCUCCGAAAUUCUCCUACCACAUUGCCGCGUCAUUCAUCGCAAAGGACCGUCCGUACGACCCUUCCACGCACGUGUUCCACUUCAACCCAUACAAUCGAAUUCAACCGCCUCGACACCGCCGAAAGUCUUCGCGUCCUGAAUCCGGCCACGAUGCUUUCUUCGUGAGCAGAGUUAACGAAUCUGGCUCUGUGGCCUUUGGUGUUGCAGAUGGAGUGGGCGGCUGGGUAGAUUCCGGCGUCGAUCCUGCGGAUUUCUCACAUGGAUUCUGCGACUACAUGGCGGCUGCAGCAUACGAAUACCCCUCGACAAGCGACAAACCUCUCACAGCGAGGAAGCUCAUGCAGAUGGGAUACGACGCGGUUUGCAAGGACGCAAAUGUGCCUGCGGGCGGCAGCACGGCUUGUGUCGCCAUUGCUAGGCCUGGAGGAGUCUUGGACGUGGCCAACCUGGGCGAUUCGGGUUUCUUGCAACUGCGCCUGAACGCAGUGCAUUCUUAUUCCGAACCGCAAACCCAUGCCUUCAACACCCCGUUUCAGCUUUCAGUCGUGCCUCCCAGUGUUGCCGCAAGAAUGGCGGCUUUUGGGGGAGCUCAACUGAGUGAUUUGCCACGAGAUGCCGACGUAACGCACCAUCAGCUGCGCCAUGGUGACGUCCUCGUCUUUGCUACUGACGGCGUGCUGGAUAAUCUCUUCAACCAAGAUAUCCUUCGGAUCGCCAGCCGAGUAAUGGCCAAAACGGGCGCGUGGAACAUUGCCGAAAACGAGGCAGUCACAGUAGCCGAUUCUCUAGACGAUCUCACAUCCUCUCCCCACGAAAGCAACUCCCAGGACGUGAUUGUGAGGAGAGCCGUGACAUUGCAGAGCUUGUUGGCAACAGAAAUCGUGACUGCCGCCAAACUAGCGAGUAUAAACACGAAGAGGGACGGACCCUUUGCCAAGGAGGUGAAGAAGUAUUAUCCCCAGGAAGGGUGGCACGGAGGAAAAGUCGACGACAUUUGCGUUGUCACCGCCGUCGUCUCGGAAGAUGCGGCUGAUAUCAAGAGCAAGCUCUAG